AUGGCAACGACGUCGUUCCUGGCUGCCGCCCUCGACGGCGACCCGUCGUCCGACUCGGACUACGUGGCUGGCGAUGACCUCUCGUCGAGCGAGUCGUCAAGCGCUGGAAGCGGUCUCGAGGACGAGCCCAAGAGCGACGACGAGUACAUGACCCAGAACACCAAGGUCGUGCAGCUCGUCAACUACGCGUGCUGCGCCAAGCGCUGCAUCUUUGGCCGCACGGAAGAGAUGGACCUCUUCAUUAGCUCGCUCGACGAGAUGUCCAAGGAACUGCGCCACGCGUGCAUCCUCACGUCGCUCUCGAUCUCGAUCUCGAUGGAGCGGAAGCGCAAGUCCCGCUCCAAGGGCGUUCGCGCCCGGUAUACGUACGUCAUGCCGUACCUCGGCGCCGUGUGCAAGCAAGCCUUUGAAGCGUGCUUUGAGAUCUCGACCGGGUCGCUCAACAAGCUCCGAAAGCAGGUCUCGACCUCGAUCGUGCCCAAGAAACACGGCAACCUCUCCAAUCAGAACGCCAAAGCCAUCGACUACGACGCGCUGCGAGACUGGCUCACGGCGACGGCCACGAGCAUCGGCGCCCCGCUCUCGGUCCGGCGCAAGUCUCGCACGAAAGACGACGACGGCGUCGUGCACGUACAGUACCGGACCGACAUUGUGUACGUGCUGCCCUCGACAAUGACGUACGAGAAGCUGCACGCCGAGUACCUCGCCCACCUUGGCCCGCAGCCGACGCGCGUCCCGAGCGAGAAGUCGUUUCGGCAGUUCAUCAAGUCGUCGUGCCCGCAUCUGCGCAUGGCGGCCGACGCCAAACACAGCAGCAAGAAGAAGCCGCCCUUGUAAUGCAGGGUUGUCAUUUAUUG